ACAAGUUGUCAAUCCGUGAAUCACUAGAAUGACUACUGUAGAAUGUGUCAGUGAAUACAGUUGAGAGUUAAGUUUGGGUAGAGUGUAAAUAAAUAGACAAGAUUACUCAUUGUAAGUUAACAAGAAUAAGAACUCAAGAAGAAGUCUUAUCUAUUUAUGUCACAGUUUAUGAACAUAAUUUGUUAUUUUGUUUACUGUUUUAAUUCUGAAUUCUGGACAUUUUAAAACAGUUUAAAGGCAUAUAAAUGGAUUGAACAGACAUUAUUUGAGACUAUUGUAAUUUUUCCGACUGUAAUGUCAACACUCAUCUAAGGAAACAAUUUCACAAUUUCGUCUAAAAUGCAUUUCUGAAUCGUGAAUGAUAAAUUACACUAUGGCAAAAGAAGAACCUUCAGUUUAUUUUGCAAAGUGCAAACUACUCAAGGCAACAGAAAUAUAUCUGCAAUAUAUCAAUGGAGAAACAAAGGAAAAUUUAGAGAAGAUAUUGUGGGAGCAAAUAUACAGUGGGUGGAGUCCCUCAUCCUGGAUAUCAGUAAAACUUCUUAGGAAUGUCCUGCAGCACGAAUUUGAUUACAGUGAUAAAGUGUUUUACCUAAAUGAAAACUUGACAUCUUCUCGGAAAGAAAUCUUUUUUACUUCUGUUUUGGAGAGUUUGAAUCUUCCUCAUGAAGCUUUAAAGGAUUUGAAAACGAUCUUUAGCAAAGUAUUGUUUGCAAACCUAGUCAGCAAAGGAAAGAUAUUGCCCAAAUGUAGUUCUUCCUUAGAAACAGCUUUAUUGAAAAGCCUUUUGGAUAAGCCAGGGGAAACACACAUACUUCUCCAACUGAUUUCAUGUGAUCAUGAAGCUUUCUCAGAUGUCAAUAAAGCUAUAACAGACUCGUAUAAGACUGCAUUGACUCAAUGCCUCAAUCGCUUGUCUCAACCAGAGCCUGAUACAAGGAAAAAUAUUGUAAACUUACUAUAUGCUUUGCUUUUAUUUGUAAAGAACGAUAAAGGAUUUGAAGAAAUCGGUGAAUCACUUUACUAUUUGUGUCAAACCAAAGUUCUGGAUAUUUUUAGUAUUUUGACAAUCUCAGGAUGUCAAAAAGACAUUUCUCUAUACAAUGAUCUGAGGGACUGUGAAAACAAGAGCAUGCUCCGCUACAUUGAUUGCAGUUCUGGUAACGAUAAGGGAGCUUAUGAUUCUGUCUACGACAAAGUACUUAACAAUGGCCAAAUGAGUUUUGAAGAAAUGUUUCAGCGAUUAUUCUCUCUCAAGUGUCAUUGGGUUGAGGAGCUAGUGACGAUUGCCACUCAUUUUGUUGAUGUCAAAGAACAAAGAAAGCUGGAAGAUUUCAUCAGUUUUCCAGCCUUAUGGCCAGCUGUAGCCAUCUCUGUGUGGAAACAGUUUUCCAGUAGACAAGAUCUUGUGGACAUCGUCCUUCCAGUCAUUGAAUUUUGCCAGGAAGCGUAUCCUGCGUUGUUUAGUCAGUUGCAAGGGACAGUGAGACGUAUGAAGGCAAUGACUGAUUGGCUGAGGAGUGAGGGUGUGAUGUCCCUCCCAGAUGUAAACGCCAUGUUGUCCUUGACACGUAACCACAGUACUCUACAUGUGUUGCAGUCUACCACUCACUUUGUGGGCCUUCACCACACAAACCUGCACCGUCUGCUUGUACAACUUGAAGGGAAGGAAAGCUGGAAUGUCAGAGUCUUUGAAGGAUUUACUCUGAUAUUUGAUAUGAUCCAAACAAUCACAAAAGCUGUAGAUUACUUCAAUGAAGCGGAAAAAGACAAAAAUAAAAGCCAGUUUAUCAACCUGAAAUAUAAAGAAGACAUCUCUAACACUAUUGUGAACAUUGGUGACAAGAUAAAUCAAAUUGAACCUCUUAAUUUUAGGUUAGAACUUUUAGAAGACAUAUUUCUUCUCCUGUUUAUUCGGUCAGAAGACUAUUGUGAGAUCAAGGGAAUGGAUGAUGGCAGUUCUGAUGAAAAUGAUGAUAUCUUCACUCCCAAGAUAAGAUGUUCAUUGGACAUCCCAGACAACAAGCUAGUUGUAGAGAGAAGGUCAAUGCCAACCUCCCCCUCCCACCGCAGACAGUCCCCCAGCCGAGCAUCUACAACCUCAUCAUCCCAACGGAAAACUUCUGUGCACUCCAAAAAGUCUUCAAAGCCUUUUCGUUCAAAAUACAGUCGAGGAUUUGUCUGCUUCCCAUGGCUUGUUAGUGAUAUUCUAAGUUGUGUAAAGAGGUCUUUAGAAUAUGUGGAAACUACCUGUGAUAUAAGUGGCUGUGACAGAUACAUUAGGCUUAAGAAAUCAGUUGAAGAUGCCAGUUGGAAGUUUAAUUUGGUGAGGGCAAAGGGCUGCAAAGACUUAGUAAGUUUAAACAAGAGCAAGACUGAAGAGCAAUGGGUGUAUGUGGAGGACGACAGUUCAGACUCGGAUACAUCUCCUCCCCCUGUCCCUCUCCCCUCAUCCUCAACUCGGAGGUCCAGGAGAGGAGGGAGCACAUCCAGGAGUGAGUCUGGGAGUAAUGCCACUGGCUUGCGGUUAUCCUCAAGCACAAGUAGUAUUAGAAGUAAGAAGUGUUCUGCAUUGUUCUCAACUUCCAGUGACAUAAUAAACCUCAUGCUUGCUCCUCCAGAUAGCCUUGUUGCUUAUUUUAUCAUCAAAGAAAAUUUGGAGAAGGCUUCAAAAUGUGUUGAGAAAUUUUCCAUGCAAAACCAGCCAAUGGAUAUAGAAUUGAACUUUUUAAAAGAAUUUUCAUCACUCAGAAAACAAUUGGCUGAACUACAAGUAAAACCUUUGAGUUCAUCAUCCUCCGUAAAAGACAUUGCCCUGCAGGUAAUCAGUGAAACAGCAUCUUCAGGUGUAUUGACAGCUACAUUGACAAAACUCUUUGAGACAUUCUUCGCCACAACCUCUUUACCAAUUGAGGUGGGAGACAGCAAGGGUGUGGUAGUGUUAGACAUUGCAGUGUCCCACCUAGCACCUCCUCAACACUCCUCAAGUUUGUUAGAUCUAUCCAGUUACUACUUGACCUUAUUGUAUAUAUGUGUUUCAGAGGUGGGAGACAGCAAGGGUGUGGUAGUGUUAGACAUUGCAGUGUCCCACCCAGCACCUCCUCAACACUCCACAAAGGUGGGAGACAGCAAGGGUGUGGUAGUGUUAGACAUUGCAGUGUCCCACCUAGCACCUCCUCAACACUCCUCAAAGGUGGGAGACAGCAAGGGUGUGGUAGUGUUAGACAUUGCAGUGUCCCACCUAGCACCUCCUCAACACUCCUCAAAGGUGGGAGACAGCAAGGGUGUGGUAGUGUUAGACAUUGCAGUGUCCCACCUAGCACCUCCUCAACACUCCUCAAAGGUGGGAGACAGCAAGGGUGUGGUAGUGUUAGACAUUGCAGUGUCCCACCUAGCACCUCCUCAACACUCCUCAAAGGUGGGAGACAGCAAGGGUGUGGUAGUGUUAGACAUUGCAGUGUCCCACCUAGCACCUCCUCAACACUCCUCAAAGGUGGGAGACAGCAAGGGUGUGGUAGUGUUAGACAUUGCAGUGUCCCACCUAGCACCUCCUCAACACUCAUCAAAGGUGGGAGACAGCAAGGGUGUGGUAGUGUUAGACAUUGCAGUGUCCCACCUAGCACCUCCUCAACACUCCUCAAAGGUGGGAGACAGCAAGGGUGUGGUAGUGUUAGACAUUGCAGUGUCCCACCCAGCACCUCCUCAACACUCCUCAAAGGUGGGAGACAGCAAGGGUGUGGUAGUGUUAGACAUUGCAGUGUCCCACCUAGCACCUCCUCAACACUCCUCAAAGGUGGGAGACAGCAAGGGUGUGGUAAUGUUAGACAUUGCAGUGUCCCACCUAGCACCUCCUCAACACUCCUCAAAGGUGGGAGACAGCAAGGGUGUGGUAAUGUUAGACAUUGCAGUGUCCCACCCAGCACCUCCUCAACACUCCUCAAAGGUGGGAGACAGCAAGGGUGUGGUAGUGUUAGACAUUGCAGUGUCCCACCUAGCACCUCCUCAACACUCCUCAAAGUUGGGAGACAGCAAGGGUGUGGUAAUGUUAGACAUUGCAGUGUCCCACCCAGCACCUCCUCAACACUCCUCAAAGGUGGGAGACAGCAAGGGUGUGGUAGUGUUAGACAUUGCAGUGUCCCACCUAGCACCUCCUCAACACUCCUCAAAGGUGGGAGACAGCAAGGGUGUGGUAAUGUUAGACAUUGCAGUGUCCCACCCAGCACCUCCUCAACACUCCUCAAAGGUGGGAGACAGCAAGGGUGUGGUAGUGUUAGACAUUGCAGUGUCCCACCUAGCACCUCCUCAACACUCCUCAAAGGUGGGAGACAGCAAGGGUGUGGUAGUGUUAGACAUUGCAGUGUCCCACCUAGCACCUCCUCAACACUCCUCAAAGGUGGGAGACAGCAAGGGUGUGGUAGUGUUAGACAUUGCAGUGUCCCACCCAGCACCUCCUCAACACUCCUCAAAGGUGGGAGACAGCAAGGGUGUGGUAGUGUUAGACAUUGCAGUGUCCCACCCAGCACCUCCUCAACACUCCUCAAAGGUGGGAGACAGCAAGGGUGUGGUAGUGUUAGACAUUGCAGUGUCCCACCCAGCACCUCCUCAACACUCCUCAAAGGUGGGAGACAGCAAGGGUGUGGUAGUGUUAGACAUUGCAGUGUCCCACCCAGCACCUCCUCAACACUCCUCAAGUUUGCUAGAUCUGGCCAGUAACUACUUUUGCUCUUCAAUAUCAAGUCACAUUUCAGGUACCUUGAAGGCAUUCACAGCUAGUUUACGAUCCUUGCUGAUGGAGUCUGAGAACUCAGCUACUCUUAGUCAGCUCCUGCUGGACCCUUCUAUAGCCUUGCGACGAGUGUGGGUCUCUGUUCAACAAGGCCUUGAUUCACUGGAGACAGCUCUUGCAUCAGAAGAUGAUAACCUAGCUGAUGCUGCUUACCUCAAACUCGCUGUGGCUGCCAUUUCAGCACAAGAUAAGGUGCAGAACUACCAAGAUAAUUCAAAGCACCAUUUUCUAAACCAGCUGCGAUUCUACCUCACAUGUCUUUGGAAAGUGGUUUCACCUAGUUUAUUAAAAGGUACAAAAUACCACAUCUUGGAGCACAACCUGGACGGUCUGAUAGGUAUGCUGGUGUUUUCCAAGGCCAAGGAUCCUAUGGACAUAGAGGCAACUCUUAGACCUCUCUCUAUCAAUGUGGUUCACCUGGUCGUGGCCUGCUGCACACCCUCCAUCUCCUUCACAGAACAUAUCACUACACCUGACACUAUUGUGCUUAAUGGCCAUCUCUGUGCUGCAGUGGAGGAGGAGGAUAGUGUGUGUCAGCCAGACCUGGUAGCCUACCUGCUAGGUGCUUUGCUAGACAGUGUCAGUGAUAGUCCCAAUACUCCCAAUGUGGAUGCACAUGGUGUGCUGGAAUCUACUUCACGACUGAGAUCACUAGACUGGAGACUGGAGGUUACUCUGAGCUGUGUGUUACAGGCUGCAGUGGAGGAGGAGGAUAGUGUGUGUCAGCCAUACCUGGUAGCCUACCUGCUAGGUGCUUUGCUAGACAUUGUCAGUGAUAGUCCCAAUACUCCCAAUGUGGAUGCACAUGGUGUGCUGGAAUCUACUUCACGACUGAGAUCACUAGACUGGAGGUUACUCUGA